AUGCAUGAAGAGCCGAAGGUGGAGCAGAGCGGCGUAGCACUCGAAGGUUUCGAAGAGUGAGGAUAUGGAAGGCGAUGACUUGGAUGAUGAAGCACUUCCCAGCAUGACGACCAUUUCUCGGCACAACUUCGGCGAUGACUCUGAAAAGCCGGACUUGUGCAUCUCCGUCAUAGAGAAUAUGAAGGAAGACUAUGGCCUUUUCGUCUGGCCUUGCAGUAUAGUUUUAGCUGAGUAUGUUUGGCAACAAAGGCAACGGUUUUCUGGGACUAGUGUUGUCGAGCUUGGCGCUGGAACAUCCUUGCCUGGUUUGGUUGCUGCAAAAGUGGGAGCUGAUGUCACUCUUACAGAUGACUCUAGUAGAUUAGAGGUGCUUGACAACAUGCGUAAAGUUUGUGACUUGAAUAAACUUAAUUGCAAUGUGCUGGGAUUGACAUGGGGAGUGUGGGAUUCAUCCAUAUUCAAUUUACAGCCCGAAGUUAUUCUUGGGGCUGAUGUUUUGUAUGACUCAAAUGCCUUUGAUGACCUCUUUGCUACUGUGACAUUCCUGCUUCAAAAAUCUCCUGGUUCAGUCUUUAUGACAUCAUAUCAUAAUCGGAGUGGGCACCACCUUAUCGAGUUUUUAAUGGUAAAAUGGGGCUUGAAAUGUGUCAAGCUUCUUGAUGGGUUUUCUUUCCUGCCACCCUGCAAGGCAUCUGUGCUAAGUGGCAACAUUCAAUUGGCAGAAAUAACUCUUAUCUGAAAAGAGGGAGCCAAGAUGCUAUGUGAUCUGGAAUUCUCUGGCAUUGCCAUUGCCAUUGUCAUUAUUUUGAUUUCAGAGCUUCUAAAGUACAAUUUGGGCUUGUUUUGAUCUGCUCUUGAGAGUUAUUACGCAUUCAAUUGUUGCAAAAUUUGCAGAGAUGUCAACACAAUGGACAUUUGUAUCUCUGUUACUGUCAAAUGACUCUGAAUCUUUUAAUUCUUCUGAGUAGACAACUUUAAUUAAUUGUUUUUUGCAAUAAAAAUUGUUUCAUCUUGUAUGAUA